AUGAAUGAAGAUGCACUCAUAUUCCAACAAUUCACAGAGCAACUUGAAGAGGAGGCAGAUGAAGAGUACUGGGAGAUGGGUGCUGCUUCACUCGGCGUCAUAGUGGGAGGUGCCGAGAUCUCACGUCAGUUACGGAAUGAACGACGUCGCGAAACCCGCCAAUAUCUUACCCGCCCUGAACUCCUGGAGAACCCCCGGAUUGCGACACCAUGGACCUCCCUUUACGACAGCAGGAGUGACCGUGCAUAUAUCACAACCAUGGGGUUCGAUGUUGCCACCUUCGAUUUCAUUCUCGAGUCGGGAGAUCCACGACCAGGCAGCCGAUCUUUGGAUCCCCCAGGGGCCCUUGGCCUUGUCCUCCAUUAUCUCAGCUCCACAAUGCUCGACGUCAGCUUGCAGCAAAUCUUUGCUCUCAUCCCUGCCACAGUUGUCCGGUAUCUUGACUUCUCACUUGACAUACUUCUCGAGGUCUUGCGAAGAAUGCCAGAUGCCCGUAUCAAGUGGCCGAAGGGUGGCCCAGGUGGUGGGCAAUUCCAAGAAUACAAUGAUCUUAUCAUUGUUCGACAUCCUCGACUGAUUGGGGCCUUCGCUGCCAUCGACGGAUUGAAUCUUCCUGUCCAAACAUCGGAGGAUGAAGAUAUUGAGAAUGCUACCUACAAUGGGUGGCUCUCAGAGCAUUUUGUCAGCUCAGUACUUGUGUUCUCACCGAAAGGCAAGAACAUCAAUGCUAUUGUAACUUCAUUCACUGAUAAUAUCUUAGGUGAAAUCAUUGAUGCUGUUGUAAAUGCACCAGGCAGUUGGCACGAUGCUAAUGUUGCUCGUCCUAUUUUUGAACGGCUUCGCACACGAACACCACCUGGAUACUACCUCAUUGCUGACACAGCAUUUCCUUGUGGAACACAAUCCAUUGCAGGACGCAUUCGCGCCCCGCUCAAGGCUGGCCAGGCUGUGCGAGGUACGCCAGACGAGAUUGUGGAGUGA